GCAACUUUGAGGUGAUGACUACAAGCUACCGGUUGCAAUAGACAGUAACAAACCCUGCUUCUUUGUAUUCAGGAGAUGUUCUGGACUCACACAGGGAAACUCGGGCUAGAGAAUGAGGAUAAUUUUAAAUGCAACAACCCAGAGUCACAGAUCCAUAGUCUGCGAAAGUAAAACAGGAGCUUUGAGAAUUUAAUUGUAAUGCAGUUUUGACACAGGUCUUUCACAGAUUGGAAUUCUAAUCAUUCAGGGAUUACCAAUAUUGUGCUACCUACUGUAUCAAUAAACAGAAAGGAAACUGGUCUCUAUGAGAAUCUCUACCUGGUGCUUUCAGACAAAAACUUCACCAGGUUUAAAGAGAAAACUCCUGACUCUACACGUCCAUUCCCAGGGCGAGCUCACUGUCUGGCAUCAAGUUCCCCAUGGUGAGUUUCCCUGUACAAGAGUCCAAGGGGAGAGAGAAGCCAAUCAGCGUCUCCGCAGUCCCGGUUCUAAAGUCCCCAGUCACCCACCCGGGCUCAGAUUCUCCCCAGACGCCGAGAUGCGGGUCAUGGCGCCCCGAACCCUCCUCCUGCUGCUCUCGGGAGCCCUGGCCCUGACCGAGACCUGGGCCGGCUCCCACUCCAUGAGGUAUUUCUACACCGCCGUGUCCCGGCCCGGCCGCGGAGAGCCCCGCUUCAUCGCAGUGGGCUACGUGGAUGACACGCAGUUCGUGCGGUUCGACAGCGACGCCGCGAGUCCGAGAGGGGAGCCGCGGGCGCCGUGGGUGGAGCAGGAGGGGCCGGAGUAUUGGGACCGGGAGACACAGAAGUACAAGCGCCAGGCACAGGCUGACCGAGUGAACCUGCGGAAACUGCGCGGCUACUACAACCAGAGCGAGGACGGGUCUCACACUCUCCAGAAGAUGUAUGGCUGCGACCUGGGGCCCGACGGGCGCCUCCUCCGCGGGUAUGAGCAGUUCGCCUACGACGGCAAGGAUUACAUCGCCCUGAACGAGGACCUGCGCUCCUGGACCGCGGCGGACACGGCGGCUCAGAUCACCCAGCGCAAGUGGGAGGCGGCCCGUGCGGCGGAGCAGCUGAGAGCCUACCUGGAGGGCCUGUGCGUGGAGUGGCUCCGCAGAUACCUGGAGAACGGGAAGGAGACGCUGCAGCGCGCAGAACCCCCAAAGACACACGUGACCCACCACCCCCUCUCUGACCAUGAGGCCACCCUGAGGUGCUGGGCCCUGGGCUUCUACCCUGCGGAGAUCACACUGACCUGGCAGCGGGAUGGGGAGGACCAGACCCAGGACACCGAGCUUGUGGAGACCAGGCCAGCAGGAGAUGGAACCUUCCAGAAGUGGGCAGCUGUGGUGGUGCCUUCUGGACAAGAGCAGAGAUACACGUGCCAUAUGCAGCACGAGGGGCUGCCAGAGCCCCUCACCCUGAGAUGGGAGCCAUCUUCCCAGCCCACCAUCCCCAUCAUGGGCAUCGUUGCUGGCCUGGCUGUCCUGGUUGUCCUAGCUGUCCUUGGAGCUGUGGUCACUGCUAUGAUGUGUAGGAGGAAGAGCUCAGGUGGAAAAGGAGGGAGCUGCUCUCAGGCUGCGUGCAGCAACAGUGCCCAGGGCUCUGAUGAGUCUCUCAUCACUUGUAAAGCCUGAGACAGCUGCCUGUGUGGGACUGAGAUGCAGGAUUUCUUCACACCUCUCCUUUGUGACUUCAAGAGCCUCUGGCAUCUCUUUCUGCAAAGGCAUCUGAAUGUGUCUGCGUUCCUGUUAGCAUAAUGUGAGGAGGUGGAGAGACAGCCCAGCCCCGUGUCCACCGUGACCCCUGUCCCCACACUGACCUGUGUUCCCUCCCCGAUCAUCUUUCCUGUUCCAGAGAGGUGGGGCUGGAUGUCUCCAUCUCUGUCUCAAAUUCAUGGUGCACUGAGCUGCAACUUCUUACUUCCCUAAUGAAGUUAAGAACCUGAAUAUAAAUUUGUGUUCUCAAAUAUUUGCUAUGAAGCGUUGAUGGAUUAAUUAAAUAAGUCAAUUCCUAGAAGUUGAGAGAGCAAAUAAAGACCUGAGAACCUUCCAGAA